AUUUCGUUUUUAGCAGAUUUUGGAUUAGAUUUGUGCUUUGUUUGAUCUGGAAUCAGUGUUUAUAAUUUCGAAUUGGAAGAACCUCUCUGCCUGUAUAUAUACAUUUUUGAAUUUUGGAAUCUAAGUUUUUUAUAGCUUAAUGUUAGUUGAUGCUGUACAUGUAUAUAUGUGAAUCCAUGUAACUUUUCGUGUGACCUUUUUCAUACUGAUCAAGAACAUUGAUGCAGCGGAUAAUUAGGAUUAUUUUCAUUUAUUUGUAUUUUAACAUUAUUAUUAAUUAUAUGAUUUACCUUUAGAGGUUUCUAGAAUAUUAGAGAGAUUUAUUAGGGUUUUCUGGUUUUAUUAUAAAUAGUCUAUUCAGGCCUAUUGUAUGGGGGAGUUGAUUUGAUUAAUAAAAUUAAGAGCUUUUAGCUUUUGUGUGAAGAGUAUUCACAAACCCUUGUUUUCAGAUAGAUCCAAAGAGAUCUCAACCAUUUCAGGAAGACAUUGAUCUUAGGUAUUCUUAGACUAAAUAAGAUCUUUGUAUUAUCUUAGCUUCCGCUACGUCAAACAUGGUCGCAAUUGAUCUUUGUUUGCAGUGUCUUGGAGAUAUUUUAGGUUAUUUUGAUGCUUCUUUCUUUAUUAUUUUUCUGAGUUUCCUAUCUCCGCUAUUUUUGGAUCCCGUAGCGGUACUGGUCGUGGUACUGAUCUAAAACGUGAGGGUGGUGGUCGUGGAAACUGAAGAACUACUGAAGAUGACAUUGCUCCAGCUACUGAGGAACCCACCACGGAGGUUGAGAAGAGCCCUGUUUCUGAGAAGCAAGGGGGUGAGGAUGAAACCGCUGAUGCAACCAAAGAAGCCGAAGAGCAAGCACAGAAAGAAGCUGAAGACAAGGAGAUGUCUCUGGAAGAGUUUCCAGAGAGUAUGAGAAAAUCCUGGAGGAGAAGAAGAAGGCUCUGCAAGCCACUAAGGGUCGAGGAAAGAAAAGUUGACACCAAAGUGUUUGAGUCCAUGCAACAGCUUUCUAACAAGAAGACUACUGAGGAGAAAAUCUUCGUCAAGCUGGGAUUUGACAUGGCAAACGCAAAGAUGCUGCCGAGAAGACCAAAAAGAGACCGAAACUUUCUUGCCACCCAAGAAACGCAUGAGACUUGAUGACGAACCAGAAAAAGCCCAAGUGGUUGCGUCUGCUACAAAGACGGUUGCCGUUCGAGGCAAGGUCAAGUACAAAGGAGUGGUUCAACUGCAGAACGGUCAUUGGGGGGUUCAGAUCUACACAGACCAGAAAAGGAUUUGGCUUGGAACUUUCAAAUCCGCUGUUGAAGCGGCCAUGGCUUACGAUAGCGCAUCCAUCAAACUUGGACGCUACGAUGUCAACUCGUACCGGAACUUCCCUCGGUCUGAUGUCACGACACACGAACCGGAAUUCCAAGAUCGCUUCACAACAGAAUCUUUGUUGAACAUGAUCAGAGAAGGAUCUUACCAACAAAAAUUCAGAGAUUUUCUCAGGAGCCGAUCUAAGAUUGUCGGUGGAUCAAAACAAGUCGUCAGAGGAGAAGAAUCGAACAAGGGUUUCUCUCGCACGGAGCUUUAUCAGAAGGAGUUGACACCGAGCGAUGUAGGGAAACUGAAUAGGCUUGUGAUACCUAAGAGGUACGCUGUGAACUAUAUGCCUUCCAUAAGACCAAAGGAGAAAGAAGAGGGUGAAAUAGAGGAAGGUGUGGAGAUUGUGUGUUACGACAGCGAAUUGAGACAAUGGAAAUUUAGGUAUUGUUACUGGAAAAGUAGCCAGAGCUUUGUCAUCACCAGCGGUUGGAAGAGUUUCGUGAGGAAGAAGAAACUCAAGGAGAAGGAUGUCAUCAGCUUUUACACUUGCGAUGUUAAGACAUUAGAAGGUCAAAUCAAGCACUCCUUGAUGAUUGAUGUUCAUUACUCUUCACACAAUGGUUCCGUGGUCCCUGAGGAAGCAAACAUGACGGUUCAUGAUAGUUCAGAGGAAGGAAUGAAAACUGAAAAAUUCGUGAGCUCCAAGUUAAAACAUGAAGAAACCAAAACAGAGGAGAACAAAGGAAGCUUUCUGCUGUUUGGUGUAAGGAUCCACUGUUCUUAGUAGAGAUUUUUUUCUUUCUUUCUGUUUAGAUUUGUUGAAGUAAUCAAUUCUAAUAGUUGAA